AGCGAGUGCCCGCGGUCUGUCCUUCCCACGGCGACACAACGGAAUUUAAAGUUACGGAAAUAAGUGCCGAUACGAGCCUCUGAAGGGACCUGCGGCACUGGACGCCUCAGUGAAGAUUUGAAAGGUGCGAAGGGUAAAGGUGUGCUGUAUUUCCUGUACCUCAGUUUAAUACUUACGCCUUCCUACAACAGAUUCUGGAUGGCCAUGGCCUCCUCUGCCCACUCCCAGUACUUGCUGCGUUGGAAUGACCACCUCACCAACUACGGGGACAUUCUCUUCUCCCUCCGAGAGCAGGAGGAAUUUGUGGACUGCAGCAUAGCCUGUGAGGAUGGGUUGGUGGGUGCUCACCGGGUUGUCCUGGCUGGGUGUUCCUCUUACCUGAGGGACUUGUUUGCCCGAAUACAUAACCCACACCCUGUCAUCUUCCUCCUCAACACCCCACGCUCCUUGGUUCUCAUGCUCAUGGAGUUCAUCUACAGAGGACAAGUGCACAUCCCUCAGCAUCGCCUGCAGCAGCUGGUGGUGUUGGGACAGGCACUCAAGAUCAAGGGGCUCACACAGAUCAUGAUGCCAGUUUCCUCAACACUGUCCAGUCCUAAUGAGAAUUGCAAUUCCAUCACUCCUCUGGCUUUCCCCCAUGGACUUCCCCUCACCGGCACCAACACCCUACCCUUCACUUCCAUCCCCACUAGCACUUCUAGUAUGGAUAUCUCUGUCCUCUCAUGUACAAAUGGGCAACAGACUGUAGAAGAGGAGGAGGAGGAGGUGGGUAAAGGAACUAUGGUAGAUGAGGAGGAAGAGGAAGAGAAGAUGGAGUCAAAAGUGAGGAAGAAUGGUGAAGGCAAGGAUAUGCGGCUAAGAAGACAAAGUACAACUGGGCGACCGAGAGGAAGACCGCGUCAACUUGGCUCCCCUCAGAAAAGAACCAUAGGAACAAGGGGGGUUGUUCCUUCCAAAAAGACGACACCCUCACCACUCAAAAGCUACCUGACCACCAUCAGGGACAAAGUCGACAUAGGUGCCUUCGCUGUCAACCACGGAAUGCAGGAUACCAAAAGGUAUGUCUUGGAGAAAUACAAUAUCAACGCGAGGGAUAAAACUUUGGAGCGUCUAAUCGAGUGGUACCAAGAAUAUCUCCUAUCUAAGGAGAAUAAGGCCAUACUCAAGUUGCAGAGAAAGAAAUAGCAAGCACUAAGGAAUUGAUUGUUAUAUCUGAGCAUGUGCAUGUCUGAAAGUGGUGAGUGCCAUUAAAUCAUGAUAUUAGUUUCUUAACGUUAAUGAAUGUAUUGCUAUAGUUAGUGGGAUGGUAGGUGGGUAGUUUCUUCUGUAAAUGACUACUAAACAACUAAAUCUAGAUGUAUUUGUUUGUCUUUAACCCGGUAGCAGCUUGAUUACAAAUGCGUUGUUAUCUAUUAUAUAAUGAUUUGCGUGAGUAAUGAUUUUUUAUCAUUAAUUUAAAUAAAUUCGCUUAGGUUACUGCUACUGGGUUAAGCAUAGUUUGAGAGAGAAAAGGGAAAGUUUAGUUUACAGAUUGAUUAGUAAACUACAACAGUUAGGUAGUAAUUAUAGCACCAUUACAAUACAGUACAAUACCAGGACCAGGGAAAAAAGUGUGUGACUGAAAUCCCUACAAUUAUGUGUAAUCUGUAGAAGUGCUCAGACCACAUGUGUUAGAUUCUGUCAUCUCUUGGUUUAUUUUUUGCAUUUUAUUUGAUUGCAUCUUUUUAAGUUUAUUUUAGCAUCACAUUGAGUUGAUUGUAUUUAGACAGUGGAUACUUGACACUGCUCCUGUGUUCAUUCUUACUCCCUUGCUGUGUUUAUUCUGGCCCCUGCUCACCAACAAGUCCAAUCUGUUACAUCAGCACUUUACUUGAUUUUAUCAGCCCCUUUCCAUGCUGCUAUGUGCUCUUGCGAAGGUUUGCUGCCAAGAGUAGAGUUAGAGGGUUUUCCCCAAAUCAUGGGUGGACCUAAUGUUUGAGCUGGCAAGCAGAGUUCCCACUAUUGUACCUAGGUAUUCCUAAUGCUCAUACCGUAUGUUUAUUAAAAAGACCAUAGAUUCAGGUUUGUAAUGCUGUUAUGUUGGGGAAAAAACUGUGUCCACUUUGUUCUCUAAUGGAGUCUGCUCGACUCUCUACAUUGAGAGAGACAUGUACCAUCCAUUAUGGCAGGGUCUGGAUUUAGUGUAAUUAUGCACAUAAUUUUAUGGUUUGGCUUCCCUGCUGAAAAUCUGUCAAAGUGUAUUCCUCUCAGCUGCCAAAUAAUAUAUUCAGAGGAGGUAUAGGUUGAUUUCUCUGUUUGUAAGUUAACAAAAAAAUAUUGUCCUUGUUGUAUUGUUGACAUAUUGCAUAUGCAGAAACUAGUUUGUAAAAACAACUUCUAAGUGUACUUAUCUUAACCCUUAAAUGACUGCUAUUGUUUUUGUCGAAUGUUCUUGAAGCCAAUUAAGAAACAGCUGCUUAUUUUUUUGAGGGGGGGGUGUUAUUCAUAUUGUAUAAUAUGAACAUAGGAGUGAAAUCCAAAUUAUGUCAUGUAAGAGGGUGUAAAAUACAGCUAGCUGUGUGAGCUGCUGGCACAAAAUAGUACUCCAGGAGGAUGCGGGGGCUGUGAUUGCAUGCCCUAAUCAAUUGAUUACUCCAGGCAGAUGCACUUUGUCAACUGGGUGGUGAGGGGAAAGGGUGUUGUGGUGAGGGAUGAGGAGAAUGAGAACAGUGUGAACACAUGCCUGACUCGUCCUUCUUACCUGCACUUACGACAGAAGCCCUUGCUGGGUUAAGAGAUUACUGUUUCAAAUGGCAACAUCAUCAUUCUCUACCUCACUCCCACUACUGCUGUAACUGCUCACAAUGUACUGUCACUGCACUCAGAAUAAUCUUCACUUUCUAUUAUGUCCUUUCGCCCUAAUUCGUCAAUGUAAUUUCCUUUAUUUUCUUUGUUUUUCUUGGGGGGUGCUUGGUGUGGCUUCAAUGGCAGCUCAGUUAGGACUAAUGAUAUUUUCUCAAAUCUGAGAGUCAGACUUACUGCUAUAAAACACAACAAGUGACAGAACCCACAAAAAUUGGGCAGAACGUCAGAAAUUUGGAGUGCACAAGAGUCUGAUUAAUCCAGUGGGCCGGUGGAUUUGGUUAAAUCAAUGAUGGCCGUCGUUUAAGGGUUAAUUGACCGCAGAGAAUCUAAUUUCAAUUUCUCUAUUUUUACAUACAGUAUUCUUAUAGCAUGAUGCUGAGGUAAACUUCCUCAAACCCUAUCCAGUAUUUUAUCUAUAUCCUACUAUAAGAGUUAGUGUUAGUUUAUUGAAAUAAUUCCAUAAGAAUUACUGUACCAUGAGUAUUCUGCUUCUUGAGUUGAUAAAACCUCAAGUGGUAUCACAUUGAAAGCAUCUUUGCACAUGAUAGCUAACCUGUUCUUACCACCAAGUGCCACACACGUACGUACCUUAGGCUGAACAUGUUUCAGGAGGAACUCCUCCACCUUCCUCCCUGCUUGAAGCAAGCAUCCUUGUGCACUGUGAUACUGGAUGUUAAAAAGUAUUACAAUAUUGCAACUGGCAUCUGUAUUUGGCCAGGAUCUGAUUUGUCAAAAUAGAGACAUAUCAAAUAAGUGGUUAUCUGAAAAGAGUGGCAUUCACCCUUGCUCUGAUCAUGUGCUGGACCCAUGAUCACCAGCCAGUACUGACCUGGAAUGAGUUCUCUGUUGAGCUCAGAGGACCAAUCUAUGAGUAACUACUGGGACCUCAUCCUCCUGCCUCCCAUCCCCAGGGGGACCGUAGCUGCUUUGGUCAGCAAAAAAAAAUUGUUUUCUGAGCAUGGCAUUAACCUUACCCUGCCAGAUGACAGCACAUGCAGUAUUGUUUUCUGGCACCUAAUUAAUUUUGUGUCGUAAGACACAAGUGGGCUCUCCAAACCUCAUCACCCUAGUUGACUCGGGUGAUCAACAGUGGUCAAUAAUAGUAAUGAUCUUGGUAAGGCGUUAAGAGAUUACUUUGACAUAUUUGUCACCACCAUGGUACAUUGGUCACCUUAUAGUGUAUUUCAAAUUGAUGAUAGAAUUCCUUAUCUGAAUGGAUUAGUCAUUUCAUGAUUUAUACUUCUGACCAUGUUAUGCUGGUGCUACAUAUUGAAAGCUGUCAGUGUGUUUGUAGUCACCAGACAUCACCUGCAGCAUGAAGCAUGACUCACAACUCAGUCAAGAGAGUUGACUUGUUACCUGACUAGCCAUAGAUGUUUUGUAUGUGUAUCCCUCAUUAUAUGAUUGGGUUGCAUUCCUUACAAUUAGUCAUAAAAAUAAUUGAUUGUAUUUCAGUAGCAUUAUAACAGCAUUAAUAGGAAUAUGAUUCUUGCCACUCAAAAAUAUUGAAGAAUCAAUUGUAAAAAAGACCCCUACAAAACCUCAAGUGUUUAUUUGCAAUAAUUUUAAAAAUAUAAAGAAACUGAAGUAUCCUGGGCACUGGUUAACCCACUUCCCCAAUGCUCAGAUGCCAUUGUCACUACAACAGUUACAAGACAAAUAAAACACACACUUUGUGGCUAAAGAAACAGGAAAAUGAUGGACGUGUUUGGUUGCAGAAAGAAACUGAGCCUAACAUGGGUAGGGAAUGCCUUCCUGUGUGGCUUAAGCCGUGUCCACACUAUCGAGCAUGCUCGAUGGGCAAACAGUGAUACCGGAUCACAAUAGGUAGUGAGAAUGAGGGUUGAUGACGUCAGAAGCGGGAAAACCACAGGCAGGGAUCUGGCAACAAACAGUGCUACCAGAUGUAGUUUAGCCCACAAUAUCUACUCCUUCACCGGGCAAAGACAGGCGGGCAAAGUUGUAAACUGAUGAGUGGUGUCAAAUACAGGUUCAUGGUUCAGUUUCACGCCUGUACUGAUUUCGCAAAGUAUCUAGUUUCUUUUUUAUAUCCGCAAAGAUAACGGAUGCGUACUUCUUUUGUAUUUCCCUUGUUAUUGCUGUAAGGGCUACUACACGUUUAUUUCUGUCCUUAUAAUCAGCGCUUUUUAUGUUCCACAAGCAAGGUUUUUGACGGUACAUAUCAAUUAUUCAUACUGUAUCUUGCUUGGACCACUGAAAGUUUCCUCCUUCAGGUACACUUGUAGAAGGACCGCCAGACAUGCUGAUAUGCACAUAACACUUUGAAUGUGAGAUAGAUUCCUACUUAAUUCCGAGGAAACGUUUAGUGUUUCGCAUCAUACCAGUCGAAACAGUUUCUGGUGUUUCCUUCAAACUCACUCACAGACAGUUGCCCGCUCGUUUGCCCGCAGUCUCCUCGCUUCUGACAUCACCUUCGUGCCUGCCACUCACCCUCCUUUCUUAUGUAUUGGAACGGGAUCUGGUAUCACUGUUUGCCCGUCGAGCAUGCUCAAUAGUGUGGACACGGCUUUAGUGAUCAUGUGAUCACACCACUAUGGUGCUGCAGCUCAAGCAUGUGAUCACACCACCACUGUGUGGCAUAGUUAUCUCAUGAUUACACUACCACUGUGCUGCAUUACGAUCAUGUGAUUCUACAACCACUCUGCUGCAUUGUGGUCAUGUGGUUGCACCACCAAUGACAGACAGAUCAUAGUUGUAUAGCCAUAGUUGCCUGUAAAAAUUAUUAAUUCCUAUUUAGGUAAAUUGUUGAAGUAAAGUUUAACCCGACAGCAGCGAGGAUCAUGUUUCUUAAUGGUCCCUCCAAGUGAGAAAAAUGAAAAAAAAUCACCCCUCACACAAACCAUUUCAUAAUAUAUAUCAAAGCAUUUGUGAUCAGAUUAUGCAUCAUCUAUUUUGGGGGAUAAAUAUCAUGGCACAAAUUUGGCCCGUCACUGCUACACGGUGAAGCCACAAAUUUGGCCCAUCGCUGCUACCAGGUUAAAUCGAUGCUUUUACUGCUUUGUUUGGGUCCCAUUUCUUCAAGAUGUGGUUGAGGGGACAUGCCCAGGCUUCUCACCUCAGAUUCAUUUGUUGUUGAGAUGGAAAGCUUGAAAAAUGGUUUUACUAACUGCCUACAAUUGAGAUUUAAUUUGAAUGAGGAAAGUAAGUAAGGAUAGUAAGGAUAUUUUAAAGAUACAGCUCUUGAAGUAAUAUUUUAUGUUUCAGGAACUUUGAUUUACAAAGUGAGAUUUUUUGAGAUAGGUAGUACAGUGCUUUUCUCUUAGUGGAUUACAGACUUUUUCAUGGUUGGUGAUAAAAUGGUGUAUACUGAUUAGCAUGACUAAAAAAAUGAAUAAAAAAUGGCUUAAAG